UUUGGUCUAGUGGUAUGAUUCUCGCUUUGGGUGCGAGAGGUCCCGAGUUCGAUUCUCGGAAUGCCCCUUUUAGAGUUUUUGCUACUCAGAAAUAGACUGUAAUUUCUCAUAAUUUUCUGUAAAUCUGUUGCCCAUUUUCUUCAAUACCCUUAUUUUCUCUCUCUCUCUCUCUCUCUCUCUCUCUCUCUAUCAAUCUCUCAACCCAGCCCAAAUCAAAACCUUUCCACACCAUUGGCCAUUUACCUUUCUUACUCUAAAAUGGCCCAGCUGGACCAAAUGACAGCUCUCUUCCCAAAACACAACUUUCCACAUUUACCCUUCUCUGUAUUCCAUCAAAUCUUCAUCACUCGUUUUAAUUCCAUUCCUUUAAUCUCUGGCCCCAGAUGGGCCUUUUCGGUUUUAUGAGUUUUACCCAAAAAAAAAAAAAAAAAAACCCACCGCUUCUUUCUUUCUUUCUCUGUUUACAUCCUUUUAAGUUUCGCUUAUUAGAAAAGUCGGUUACUUGGAGGAGUUUUAGGUUUCUCUUAUAAACAAAUUUCAGAAUCGAAAAGGUCGGACCCUGGACAUGAGGAGUAUUUCAUUCAUUUCUCUGCUCAAUUUGUGAUUUUUGACGACUAUGAUGAAAAGAGUAUCUGUUAAUUCUCGUCAAUCUCAACUCCAGAAAGAUGAAGCUGUAAUUAACCUUAGACAUCAGUGUCUUUUGCAAGAUUACUUGGAGCUUCAAAAGGAAUUUGUUUCAAAAAAGAAGAAAUUGAAAGUUGUUAUUCAAACCAGAGAUACCCUUUUAGCUGAAGUUCGAUUUUUGAGACAAAGGCUUACAUAUCUACAGAAUGUGCAAUCUCCCAAAAUAACUCAAACUGUUGAGAAUCAAAACUCUCAUAAACUGUCUGCAAAGAAGUUGAAAUACAAUGUCAAUGAAGCUGUUCAACAACAUAGCCACACCUCAAUUUUGGAUUCAAAUCCCAUUUCGGGUCUGGUAGAGAAUAUUGUUGGAGGAAUGGAAAAAGAAACCAACUUUCAGGACCUCAAAUUGAAAUUACUGAAGAAGCCAAAAGAUUGGCUGAUCAACAGCCAAAGGGUUUGAAAGAAAGAAAAGCCUGCUGCAAGAUCAGAUUGCUUUGAAGUUCUAAAUUACUUUUAUGAUUGAUAAUAAAAUCUCAUUGUCUCUGGAAAUUUUUCAUUUUUUAAUUGCAAACUGUAUAGAAAAGAAGAUUUCAGUACACAUGUGAUGUUGUGAAAGGUCUUUCAUUGUUUGAUCAAAUAAUAUUAGAAAGUCUCUUAUUGAUAA